AUGACUUACGACAACAAUCCCAACGCCAAGGCUCGCAAUAACAUGUCUUCUUCGGAUUCUAAUACCGAUGACAUUGAAGCCGGCCGCUAUGGCCCCUUAGCCCAUAUCAACACUGCUGAAAGUCGACUUCCUGCUUUCGGAGGUGAAUUCCAACCAGGUCUUUACCGAUCGCCCAAGAACCGCACUAUUGCCAACCCAGCACCCCUUGGGUUGUGUGGUUUCGCGUUGACAACCUUCAUGCUCGGAUGCAUUCAGAUGAAUGUCAGGGGUAUUACCCAGCCGAAUUUUAUUGUUGGACCUGCUUUGGCUUAUGGUGGAUUGGUCCAGUUACUGUCUGGGAUGUGGGAAAUGGCGGCUGGAAAUACUUUCGGUGCUACCGUUCUCUCCUCCUACGGCGGGUUCUGGAUAUCGAUUGCGAUCACCUUCAUUCCUGGCGGUUUCGGCAUCAUAGGUGCCCUUGAAGAAGCUGACAAGGGCUCGCCGAUUAUGUUUUACAAUUCUUUCGGCCUUUAUCUCAUGGCAUGGUUCAUCUUCACCUUCAUGAUAAUGCUGUGCACCGUCAAAUCCACCGUGGCAUUCUUCUCCCUCUUCUUCGUGGUCGAUAUUGCCAUCCUUCUCAUCGCUCUGUCCUACUUUUUCCCGAAUGCACAGGAAUUACCAAAUGAAGGUCUCAUGAAGGCAGGCGGACUUCUGGCUUUCCUGGGGGCUUUCCUGGCUUGGUAUAAUGCCUUUGCUGGCAUUGCCGAUGAUAGCAACAGCUUCUUCGUUGUUCCUGUUGUCCAUUUCCCGUGGUCCGAGAAAGGGCGGCACGCGAGACUAAGGAAGACUGCAAGCGAGAAUGCUUGA